AUUUGGGAUUUUUGUCCCAGUCAGUCCGGAGGCUGCAGCUGCGGAGGUACUGCCUGCGGAGAAACUGCAAAGAUGCUGUCCAUGCGCGUUGCUGUGGCCGUGGUCCGCUCCCUCCCUCGGCGCGCCAGACUGGUCUCCAGAAAUGCUUUGGGUUCAUCUUUCAUUGCUGCAAGGAACCUCCAUGCCUCUAACACUCAUCUUCAGAAGACUGGGGCUGCUGAGAUGUCCUCUAUUCUUGAAGAGCGUAUUCUUGGAGCUGAUACUUCUGUUGACCUUGAAGAAACUGGGUGUGUCUUAAGUAUUGGUGAUGGUAUUGCCCGUGUACAUGGGCUGAGGAAUGUUCAAGCAGAAGAAAUGGUAGAGUUUUCUUCAGGCUUAAAGGGUAUGUCCUUGAACUUGGAACCUGACAAUGUUGGUGUUGUCGUGUUUGGAAAUGAUAAACUAAUUAAGGAAGGAGAUAUAGUGAAGAGGACAGGGGCCAUUGUGGACGUUCCAGUUGGUGAGGAGCUGUUGGGUCGUGUAGUUGAUGCCCUUGGUAAUGCUAUUGAUGGAAAGGGUCCAAUUGGUUCCAAGACCCGUAGGCGAGUUGGUCUGAAAGCCCCUGGAAUCAUUCCUCAAAUUUCAGUGCGGGAACCAAUGCAGACUGGCAUUAAGACUGUGGAUAGCUUGGUGCCAACUGGUCGUGGUCAGCAUGAGCUGAUUAUUGGUGACCGACAGACUGGGAAAACCUCAAUUGCUAUUGACACAAUUAUUAACCAGAAACGUUUCAAUGAUGGAUCUGAUGAAAAGAAGAAGCUGUACUGUAUCUAUGUUGCUAUUGGUCAAAAUAGAUCCACUGUUGCCCAGUUGGUAAAGAGACUGACAGAUGCGAAUGCCAGGAAAUACACCAUUGUGGUAUCAGCUACGGACUCAGAUGAUGCCCCACUUCAGUACCUGGCUCCUUACUCUGGCUGUUCCAUGGGAGAGUAUUUUAGAGAAAAUGGCAAACAUGCUUUGAUCAUCUAUGACUUAUCCAAACAGGCUGUUGCUUACCGUCAGAUGUCUCUGUUGCUGCGCCGACCCCCUGGUGGUGAGGCCUAUCCUAGUGAUGUGUUCUACCUACACUCCCACUUGCUGGAGAGAGCAGCCAAAAUGAAUGAUGCUUUUGGUGGUGGCUCCUUGACUGCUUUGCCAGUCAUAGAAACACAGGCUGGUGAUGUGUCUGCUUACAUUCCAACGAAUGUCAUUUCCAUCACUGAUGGAGAGAUCUUCUUGGAAACAGAAUUGUUCUACAAAGGUAUCCACCCUGCCAUUAAUGUUGGUCUGUCUGUGUCUCGUAUCGGAUCUUCUGCCCAAACCAGGGCUAUGAAGCAGGUGGCAGGUACCAUGAAGCUGGAAUUGGCUCAGUAUCAUGAGGUUGCUGCUUUUUCCCAGUUCUGUUCUGACCUUGAUGCUGCCACUCAACAACUUUUGAGUCGUGGUGUUCGUCUAACUAACUUGCUGAAGCAAGGACAGUAUGCUCCCAUGGCUAUUGAAGAACAAGUGGCUGUUAUCUAUGCAGGUAUAAGUGGGUAUCUAGAUAAACUGGAGCCCAGCAAAAUUACAAAGCGUGAGAAUGCUUUCCUGUCUCAUGUUGUCAGCCAGCAUCAAGCCCUGCUGGGCACCAUCAGGGCUGAUGGAAAGAUCUCAGAAGAAUCAGAUGCAAAGCUGAAACAGAUUGUAACAAACUUCUUGGCUGGAUUUGAAGCUUAAACUCCUAUGGAUGCACAACAAAUACCAGUUCAGUUUUGUCAUUGUAUGCUCUAUAAAAUUAGUUCCAUUUGUAAAAGGGUUACUCUCAUACUCUUAUGUACAGAAAUCACAUGAACAAUAAAAGUUCCAUAAUG